AUGCGUAUCUGCUUCGUCCUUGCGCUACUUGUGGCGACCUUUGUCGUGAGCUCCGUCAGUGCUGUUGAUGUGACUCCGUACUCGACUAGAGACCGUUUUAACGAGCGCACCAAACCUCAUCAUCGUCUUCGCGUGAAGGAGACUUUCCAGGAGGAACGAUCGCCCGCCGUCAUCGAUAUCGCGGAAACCGUAUCGACGCAGGUCUUGAGCAGAGAGAAUACGGUGGCUGGAAUGUUAGCACGAGAAAGUGGCCCGAUCAAGGAAGGCGUCGGACGACGGCCACGAAGUGUGCGUGACCACGUCAUUGGUGGCAUCCUGGCGCUUCUUACUGCCAGUGCCUUGAUUGGCGGCGGCAUUGUAGCGAUGCGGCUAUGGCACAAGUAG